GGUAAGCAGGACUUGGUUUUGUGCGAGCGUUCACUCAGCCCAGGAGGAUGCCUUUCCCUGCCUUAUUUUUACCCGAGCAGUUUCGAUACAAGAGGCGAGUGUAUGCCCAGAACCUCAUCGAUGAUAAGCAGUUUGCCAAGCUUCACACGAAGGCGAACCUGAAGAAGUUCAUGGACUACGUCCAGCUGCACAGCACGGACAAGGUGGCCCGCCUGCUGGACAAGGGGCUAGACCCCAAUUUCCACGACCCUGACUCAGGAGAGUGUCCCCUGAGUCUGGCAGCGCAGCUGGACAACGCCACGGACCUGCUGAAGGUGCUGAGGAAUGGUGGUGCCCACCUGGACUUCCGCACACGCGACGGGCUCACGGCAGUGCACUGUGCCACGCGCCAGCGGAACGCUGCGGCUUUGACGACCCUGCUGGACCUGGGCGCUUCACCUGACUACAAGGACAGCCGUGGCCUGACACCCUUGUACCACAGCACCCUGGGGGGCGGGGACGCCCUCUGCUGUGAGCUGCUCCUCCACGACCAUGCUCAGCUGGGGACCACUGAUGAGAAUGGCUGGCAGGAGAUCCACCAGGCCUGCCGCUUUGGACACGUGCAGCACCUGGAGCACCUGCUGUUCUACGGAGCUGACAUGGGGGCCCAGAAUGCCUCGGGGAACACGGCCCUGCACAUCUGUGCCCUCUACAACCAGGAGAGCUGUGCUCGUGUCCUGCUUUUCCGCGGCGCCAACAAGGAUGUCCGCAAUUACAACAGCCAGACGGCCUUCCAGGUGGCCAUCAUCGCGGGGAACUUUGAACUGGCGGAGGUCAUCAAGACCCACAAAGACUCGGAUGUCGUACCAUUUAGGGAAACCCCCAGCUAUGCAAAGCGGCGGCGGCUGGCUGGCCCCAGUGGCUUGGCCUCCCCACGGCCCCUGCAGCGCUCAGCCAGUGACAUCAACCUGAAGGGCGAGGUGCAGCCGGCAGCCUCCCCUGGACCCACGCUGCGCAGCCUCCCCCACCAGCUGCUGCUCCAGCGGCUGCAGGAGGAGAAAGACCGGGACCGUGAUGGUGACAAAGAGAAUGACGUCGGUGGCACUGACGCAGGCCGGGGCAGCCAGAGCAACAUCAGGUUCAUCGCCGUGAAGGCGCACAGCCCGCAGGGCGAGGGCGAGAUCCCGCUGCACCGCGGCGAGGCCGUGAAGGUGCUCAGCAUUGGGGAGGGCGGUUUCUGGGAGGGGACCGUGAAGGGCCGCACGGGCUGGUUCCCGGCCGACUGCGUGGAGGAGGUGCAGAUGAGACAGUAUGAUACACGGCAUGAAACACGGGAGGACCGGACGAAGCGACUUUUCCGCCACUACACUGUGGGCUCCUAUGACAGCCUCACCUCUCACAGCGAUUAUGUCAUUGAUGACAAGGUGGCCAUCCUGCAGAAACGGGACCACGAGGGCUUUGGGUUCGUGCUGCGGGGGGCUAAAGCAGAGACCCCUAUCGAGGAGUUCACCCCCACGCCGGCCUUCCCUGCACUUCAGUACCUCGAGUCUGUGGAUGUGGAGGGUGUGGCCUGGAGGGCCGGGCUGCGCACGGGAGACUUCCUCAUCGAGGUGAACGGGGUGAACGUGGUGAAGGUUGGACAUAAGCAGGUGGUGGCUCUGAUCCGCCAGGGCGGGAACCGUCUCGUCAUGAAGGUUGUGUCGGUGACCAGGAAGCCGGAAGAAGACGGGGCUCGACGCAGAGCCCCGCCGCCCCCCAAGAGGGCCCCCAGCACCACAUUGACCCUGCGUUCCAAGUCCAUGACGGCCGAGCUUGAAGAACUUGCCUCCAUUCGGAGAAGGAAAGGGGAGAAACUAGAUGAGAUCCUGGCGGCCGCCACGGAGCCCGCACUGAGGCCUGACAUCGCGGAUGCUGACUCGAGGGCGGCCACCGUCAAACAGCGGCCCACCAGCCGGAGGAUCACCCCGGCCGAGAUCAGUUCACUGUUUGAGCGCCAGGGCCUCCCAGGCCCAGAGAAGCUGCCAGGCUCCCUGCGGAAGGGGAUUCCACGGACCAAGUCUGUAGGGGAGGAUGAGAAGCUGGCGUCCCUGCUGGAGGGGCGCUUCCCGCGGAGCACGUCGAUGCAAGACUCCGGGCGUGAGGGUCGCGCCCUGCCCACACACACACACGUGGUGGCAGAGCCCCUGCCCAGCCCACGGGCGCAGCCCCCUGGCAGCGCUCCAAAAGAACCUGGGCCCGGCCAGGGCAGCUCGGAGGAGGAGCCAGAGCUGGUCUUUACUGUGAACCUGCCUCCUGCCCAGCUGUCCUCUAGCGACGAGGAGACCAGAGAGGAACUGGCUCGCAUUGGGCUGGUGCCACCCCCCGAAGAGUUUGCCAACGGGCUCCUUCUGACCACACUGCCUGGCCCAGUUCCCUCACCCGCCACGGUGCCAGGCCCGGCCUCAGGGAAGGCGAGUAGUGAGCUGCCCCCCGCCCCUGAGUCUGCAGCUGACUCGGGUGUGGAGGAGGUGGACACGCGCAGUUCCAGCGACCCCCACCUGGAGACCACGAGCACCAUCUCCACAGUGUCCAGCAUGUCCACCCUGAGCUCCGAGAGCGGGGAGCUCACUGACACCCACACCUCCUUCGCUGAUGGACACACUUUUCUACUCGAGAAGCCACCAGUGCCUCCCAAGCCCAAGCUCAAGUCCCCGCUGGGGAAGGGGCCGGUGACCUUCAGGGACCCUCUGCUGAAGCAGUCCUCGGACAGUGAGCUCAUGGCCCAGCAGCACCAUGCCGCCUCCGCCGGGCUGGCCUCUGUCGCUGGGCCUGCUCGCCCUCGCUACCUCUUCCAGAGAAGGUCCAAGCUGUGGGGGGACCCCAUGGAGAGCCGGGGGCUCCCCGGGCCCGAAGAUGACAAACCAACUGUGAUCAGUGAGCUCAGCUCCCGCCUGCAGCAGCUGAACAAAGACACACGCUCCCUGGGGGAGGAGCCGGCUGGUGGCCUGGGCGGCCUGCUGGACCCUUCUAAGAAGUCGCCCAUCGCGGCAGCUCGGCUCUUCAGCAGCCUCGGUGAGCUGAGCUCCAUCUCAGCGCAGCGCAGCCCUGGGGGCCCGGGCGGCGGGGCAGCCCAGUUUCUCAUUCUGCUGCUCCCGCCUGUCAGCCCUCCCAUGUCUGUCCCUGUCGUCCUGCCCCAACAGCUGCUGCCCAUGCCCAAGUCUCACUUCUCCCUGAGCUGA